AUGCCCCCUCUCGUCGCUCUCAACGAAGAUGUCCUUCGAUAUCUCUUCGAUAUCCUCGAACCCCCGGACGCACGUCGAGCCUCUUGCGCAAGUAGAGCAAUGCAUAUACUCGCGCGACCCUGUUCUCUCUCCGAGGUGGACCUAGGUUCCUAUUCGUGGCCAUCCCGCAACGGCAAGUCGGUGAUGGAUGUAGUCGGCUACCUCUUGGCUCCGGAGCCAUUCCUUCUUCAACCACGCCUCACCUACCUCACCAAGCUUUUCCUACCACGAAUAAGGUUCAGAGUGUUCAUUGGAGAAGAAGAAAUCCGACAGGCUCUGGAUCUUGCUCUGGUUGAGCUCCUUUCUCAAGCUGUCUUCAUUCGAACACUUGAAGUACCGAACGUCGCUCGUUACGUCCACAGAGAGUCCCGGAUUUUUGAUGCCAUCCCCCGACUCCAACAUCUCACCACACUCAUUCUGUCCGACGUGGUCCCUGGCGCUUUGUCUCAGCUACGGCCUUCACUACAUCUGCUCUCAUCUCUUCGCUCCUUACAUCUAUUCCUCCACAACAACACUUUCCCCAAUUCGUUUUUGUCACCUGCGGGAGACAGCAUAUACCACUUUAUAAACUCCCUCUCUCGACUCCGUCGACUUUCUCAUCUACUCCUCAGGGGAGACCCGAGUUGCUAUAGCCAAGCUCUUGACAGAAGCGAGCUACGGCCCCUGGAGCCUCUCCCGUUUCUCCGCCAUCUCGAGCUGGUCGCGUGGCAGCCAGUCUGGGUCCCCCCCUGCCCGCAGCUCGAACACCUAUCCCUCCGCGACCUCUACGACACCGACGUCCUGGUCGUGCAACCUUUUCCCACCCUCCGCGUCAUCGACUUUGAAUUCGACGAGAGCGAAGAAGGGGUUUUCCCCACCAUCUCCAAAGAGAUCUCCAUCCGCCACGUCGACCAUCUGCGGAUCCAAGGCCCCAUCGCGGUUGACACCAAGCUCAGGUCAGAGGCGACGGACGAAUUCCGCCUCGAUCUCUUCCUCGACCGCAUCCAGUCCAUAUCGGCGUUCUCGAUGGGGACGGUCUAUUACUGGCAUGAUGUUGAGGACCAGGUGGCCCCAGAUGCGGUCCUGGCGUGCGCUGUCAGCCUCGGCAUCCGGUCCUUGCAUGUCACUAGCCUUGCUCCGGAAGUUCAAUCUGCAUCCGCGUUCGGUAUUCUGCUUAGCUGCCUUCCUGUAUCGCUAUCGACGAUCCCUCUCCUCCACCUCGGCAUCACUCUCGCGCCCACGUGGUUUUCCUGGACAGAGGACGCCUCCGAGGACACGGAUGUACCUCCGCCGGUGCAAACCACUUACGACACGCUUCCCCGAGCGUUGGUAGACUCGAUCCCGACACUCCGCGUCCUCAAAAUCGAGAUCAAAAGGCCGAGAGAGGGAGAGGGAGCCGUGCGCAUGCGUUGGCAGCGCUGGUGGUGGAUCGAGCGCAUGGGGGAGAGGGCGGAGAUGGUCGAGCUCUGGCGCGAAGACGGAGAGCGGGCGUGCGAGCUGAUCGAGGACAGGGGCUUCGAUCGCGAGAAGAGUCUCGACGGUUUCUUGACGCCGAAGCGUGUGUACCAGCCGUGA